UUAAAUAUUUUCCAAGAUGGGCACUGUCUGAAAAUGGCAAAAAAAACUAAAUUUAAAUUAGAUACACCUGAAAAAUAAAUUUUUCCAUGGCGCUGCUGCUUUAUUUUCACAAAAUAGUAAACACUAGUACAGGUUAUAUUUUCAUUGAUCGUCUGAUAAUAUAAAUAUGUAAACAUGUAUAUGUUUAUAUGCACAUGUUUUUAUUUAUAAACAAUUAUAUUUGAAUUAUUUGAAUGUUCAAAGUUUUUAUCAAUACAUUAAGAGAAAAAUUUAAAUCCUAUAAUAUGUCAUCUACAAAAGACUCAAGGUCAUUGCGUUCAAGUAAAAAAAAAACUAAUGAUGAAAUAAAAAUAAAAGAUGAGGAUUCCAAAGAGGAAGUAGUUGUCUCAAAAUACUUCGUCGCUGAAAUUUUGGAACAGAAGAAAAAACCAAAAAAUGCCGGUGGAAAAAAACGUAAGUCUAUUGAAAUAAAAUAUGAAGAAAAUCAGGAUGUUGGUGACGAUGAACAUGAGAAAGAAAAUAGUGAAUGGUUUCCUAAGAACUGGAAAGAGUCGUGGGAUUUAAUAAAAGAAAUGAGAAAAGGGGCCACAGCACCAGUCGAUGACAAGGGCUGUCACAAAUGUUCAGAUCCAAAAGCUGACCCUCCUACGUAUCGCUACCAAACUUUGGUAUCAUUGAUGCUUAGUAGCCAAACUAAAGAUCAAGUUAAUCAUGCAGCUAUGCAGCGUCUCAAAGAUCAUGGAUGUACGCCUCAGAAACUUCUUGCAACAUCUGAUGAAGUUCUUGGAAAACUCAUUUAUCCUGUUAGUUUUUGGAAGAGAAAGGUGCAGUACAUUAAGAAAACAUCGGAAAUUUUACUAAAUACCUAUGCUGGAGAUAUUCCGAACACCAUUGAAGAUUUAUGUGCUCUGCCUGGCGUUGGUCCCAAAAUGGGACAUCUUUGUAUGCAAGUGGCAUGGAAUCAGGUCACUGGUAUAGGCGUUGAUGUGCAUGUCCACAGAAUAUGCAAUCGUUUGGAAUGGGUUAAAAAACAAGCAAAAACACCCGAAGAGUCGAGAAAACAAUUGGAAUCAUGGCUACCUAAAGAAUUGUGGAGUGAAAUAAAUCAUUUGCUUGUCGGCUUUGGGCAAGAGAUUUGUUUACCCCAGCGUCCAAAAUGUGAUCAAUGUUUGAACAAUAAACUCUGCCCUUUUGCUAAAUCUGAUAAAAAUUCAAAUAAUAAAAAAUCUAAAAAAUAAUUUUAAUAUAAUUAUUUAUUUUUUUAUACAAAAUACAAAUAAACAAAAUUUUUGGAU